AUGAUUAAAAUGAUUAGAAAUAGAUGGAAAUUAAAGCUUUUAAAAACUCUAUAUAUAAUAAUAUUAAUUUUAUUUACAGCUACACACUUAUAUUUUACAUCUUGUAGUAUUUACGAUAAAAAUUCGAUAAUUCUUAAAAACGUGCAGAAGUUUUUUAAGAAGUUUGAAGAAUUCGUAAAAGAUAAUAUAAAUAACUUAGAAAUUGAUGAUAAUGUUUUAUCGUUGUUAAGUAAUUCGAAUAACUUAGAUAUUGAAAAAUUAGCAGAUUUUUACAUUGGAAUGUUAUUAAGAAAAAUCACAUUCUCAGUAUUUAGCAAAUAUAGAACAUUCUCACUGAUAAUAAACAAAGCAUAUGAUCACCUACUAAAGUUAAAAUUUAAUAAUGAUGACAAUGAAAUGAAAGAAUUUAUUGAAAAUCAAUAUACAAAAGAAAAUAUACAAAAAUUUAGUAAAAAUCCGUAUAAAAUAUUCUUUAGAGAAUAUGAAUAUUCAAAUUUAAUUCAUCAGUUAAUCGCAUAUAGAAGUUAA